CGGACGGACGGACUUGUGUGUGGCGAGUGACAGGUGGUUUGACGUUUCGCUCGUCUCGCCAUCGUCGCUAGCGACAGCGCGGCCCGCCUGCCAUAUUGCGCGUGAUAUCUCGAGGCGAGCGUUACGUCCGCGUCGUCGUCGUUGUGCGACUCGAUGACAGAGUGAACGAGCGUACGUGGAGCAAAACGAGCCCCGCGGACCGCCGUCUGCGUCAGCCGCGCCGUUUCACCGUUCACACCCCUCGGUCACGGCCCAGCGCUUGCACGGCGAAGCAGCCCGCAACCUUCUUACACGGCGGUUCCGAUUCACGGAGCGUGUGCAAAAUGUCGACCGGUCCAUAUAACUAUUCCUAUAUCUUUAAGUACAUCAUCAUAGGGGAUAUGGGAGUGGGCAAGUCAUGCCUGCUUCAUCAGUUUACAGAAAAAAAAUUCAUGGCAGAUUGUCCACAUACCAUUGGCGUCGAAUUUGGGACUAGGAUCAUAGAAGUAGCGGGACAGAAGAUAAAACUGCAGAUAUGGGACACUGCUGGUCAAGAACGAUUUAGAGCAGUUACUAGAUCAUACUAUCGCGGUGCAGCUGGAGCAUUAAUGGUGUACGAUAUUACGCGUCGUUCAACUUACAAUCAUCUCAGUAGCUGGCUGACAGACACGAGGAAUUUAACAAAUCCGAGCACUGUUAUAUUCUUAAUUGGUAACAAAAGUGAUCUCGAAGGUCAACGCGACGUUACCUAUGAAGAAGCGAAGCAGUUUGCUGACGAACAUGGCUUAAUGUUUGUCGAAGCUAGCGCAAAGACAGGACAUAACGUGGAGGAAGCCUUCUUGGAAACUGCAAAGAAAAUAUUCCAAAGUAUACAAGACGGGCGAUUGGACCUAAAUGCAGCGGAAUCUGGUGUACAACAUAAUCCCAGUCAACCGGGUCGCACCAGCCUCCAAGGAGUAUCUAAUGAACAGCAGGGAGGAAAAGAUUCCUGCUCCUGUUAGGUCUUAUUAUUUGUUUGUAUAUAGAUAUAUUAAUUGAUCGGUACUAUUAAUGCAUAUAUAAUUUGUACUAAGUGUAGUUGACAGAUUGUCUCGUAGCCUGUAUCCUCCCUUUGAUAAGCGAAGUCCACUUAAAAAAAAAGAAGAAUGAAAUCUGUUCAAAAUGUUCUUUUUUUAAUUAGCGUCAAUUUAUGAUGUUCAAUACGAUGUUAUAAGUACUCGACACAAUAUAGAGACGUACAUUGUAAAAAUAAUUCCGAUAAUGCUGCUAACUUUUGACGCGCGGAGAGUCAUUGAUUAAAUGGCUUUUGUAUGAUUAUUGCAAUUUAUAUACUAUUUUCACGUAGACGUUUUGUAUAUUUCAUGCAUUUUUUGUGAAGCCAGAUAAAAGAAGAUAAUUCAUUUAGAAUAUACAUAUAAUGGUAUAUGUAGAAGCACAUAUGUAGAAGCCGAUCAAUUUUUCUCAUGUGUUGACUGAAAUUUUUUUGUUGGAACGACUUAACGGCGAACACAAGCGAUGGAAUUUACAUUCAUCUAAUUUACAUCUGCAUGGGAGGAUCGCAUAUUUGUUGUAACAUGCAAUUUUGCUUUAAAAAAUUUAAUCAAUGAAAAUUUAACUUAAAUUAUGAGUGGUCAGAUUUUUCUCAAUCUCACUUUUUAAACCUGCUUUACUUGAUAAGAUAUGCACGUCCAUGCGAGCUUCGUGAUUUCAGUUAUCUUUCGUACUAAUUAUUAUAGAUGGAGAGAGAAAGUAGGGAUCAAAAAUUUACUUUUUUUUUUUAUUAACAUCUAAAAGAUAUAUCUAUUCUUGAUGAAAUAAAUAUAUAUGUAAAUUUAAUAUUGUUUUUUAGUGACAAAUUAAAGAUGGAAUUAUUCGUCUUUCAUUUGUGAUAUCAAUUAAAAAUCUAUUUUUGAUUUCUAGAAUUUAAACUAGCAAAUAUAGUCGUAUAUAUUACUUGAAUAUUAUAUGAAACAAUGUAGCUUGAAUUGUCACGCAUUUUUUUCCACAUUUUUUGUCCACCCAGCGGAUCUUUAACAUAUAAUGCUUCUGUGCUUUAUAUUAGAGAACAGUAUUAGCCAGAUCUUAUUUUUCACAAUUACUUAUGGGGGGCUUACAUAAACAUGUAAACUAAUUUAACAUUGAUAAAUUAAUUGGUGUGCUUUCACACACAGUUAUACAAGCUCUAUCUUCUUAUGAUUUAAUCGUACAGAGGUAAUAUUACUAUGGCCAAGGUUCCAUAAAGAAAUAAAACAAAAUGAGAGACAGCGUGCAACGAACACGAUGAUUUACGUUCUCUUCAGCGUUGUAUGGCUUGUAAACGAUUUGUAUUUCGGUAGCAUAAGAAGAUGCGAAGGAUCGCUUCGAAUAAACUUGACCAAAAUUUUAUCAAUCUGUUUGAA